UCCGCCCUUCUUCUCAGCCCUAACCGAACCAUCAUGAAUUCCGACGAUGACGACGGCCCGAAGCUCCCUCAAGACGUGGUCGUGGAGAUCCUGAAGCGGUUGCCGGUGGGAUCCCUCCUCCGAUUCAGGUGCGUUUGCCGGUCAUGGCGUUCCACCAUCGAUGACCCUCGUUUCGUGGCCCUCCACCUGAACCACUCCGCUCUCGAUGCCUCUCAUCGGUAUCUCGCGUGCCUAAAUUGGUACGAUCCUGACCAGCGCCCGUGCUCUCUGUUUCCCAAUGAGUCUCUCGCUCUGCAUUCCCGGUCGCCGAUCGAAAUUCCCUCUGUUGAUCCUGUCAACGAUUACAGUCUUGUCGGUUCGUGUAAUGGCUUGAUCUGCUUCACAGAUGUUAUCGGAGGUACUCGUGAUCGGACGAUGUGUUUGUGGAAUUUAUUCACCAGAAAGCACAAGGUGGUUUGGGCCCGCCAUUUGGAGACUUAUAAUGAAGCUCUUGGGUUUGGCUUCGAUGCUAGGUCGAAUGAUUAUAAGAUUCUGAGGAUUCUUUAUUGUCAGGAUGAUAUAAAUCGAGUUGAGAUUUAUUCACUCCGUACGGAUUCGUGGAGAAGUUUGGAGCGUGAGGUUCCUGCUUUCUGCCCUGACCAGUCCUCGGUCUUCUUGAAUGGAAAGCUGUACUGGCUUGUUUACAAGCACGGUGAUCCGCAGAGCAGGGGUUGGUACGGAUCAAUAGUCUCGUUCGACCUUGCAGGUGAGGUGUUUGAUGAAAUGACUCUGCGGGAAACUUUUCAUGAACACGCUAUGGUGCGUCUGGCAGUAUUAGAUGACUCGCUGGCUGUGUUCAACAAUUUCAGGGACGCGGCUGUGUAUUCUGCACCGUAUUCCAUUUGUUUUGUUUGGAUUUUGAGGGAACACAGCGGGCCGAGUCUUGGACUAAGUUGUAUUCUCUUAAGGUUUGUGGAGUAUUAACAGAAGUUCAUGGCUUCAUGAGGAAUGGCGAGCUUCUGGUGGAGAUAAAUGAUCAAAAAGUUUCUUGGAAUCCAAUCACGGGCCAAUACACAGAUCUUCCACUAUCGAGGCAAUGCGAUUUGGUCACGGUUGUAGAGAGCCUUGUUUCACUUUAGAGAUGACUCAGUGUUGCUACAUUUACUGGUAUGACAUUAAUUUUAUUUGCAAAAUAGUUGAAAGGGACAUUUGAAUUUAGAUGAAUGACCUGCAUAAGAAGUGAGGUGGUGCCCAUAUGCUUUUGCUACUUUCUAGCAAGCUUUAGAGUGCAUGAAUGCAUUUUCACAUUUAUUCUUUA